AUGCGGAAGGCAACACUGCCCAAAUUGGGUUACACAUGGCUAAAAGAGAAGUCUUUACUAAAGUUUCAGAUUAAUGAAACCCUGAUGGCAAUUGUCAUUGGUUUGGGGAUGACAGGCAGAAAAUUUUAUAGGGAUAGGAAAAUCGAGGAGGAGGACUUGACGAGUUUCUUCGAAAAAGACAAGGAGCGCUCUAGAGUUACCAAGAGGGAUGAUGGUGGCUACAACAGGAAAGAUCUUAUGGCUCCCUGGGCUGACAUGGUCGAGUUCAUCAUGAGGUACGGGGUUGGGUUAGGGCAUGGUGGCCAUGGACGGCGGAGGGGUUUCGAAGGGCUACGGGCGGAGGUGGUGGCGCGAGCUCCCACGGAUGCCACUAUGCAUACAUACAAUGGCGGGCAGUGUCGCCCACUGUGUGCACACACAGUGGCGGACGAGGUUUUGGAACAACUACUUAGUGAGUUAUCUAAUGAAAAUGUUGUCAAACUUGUGAACAUGCACAUAAAUCAUAUGGACAUGUCUCUUUACUUGGCAUUUGACUAUGCAGAAUAUGACGUUUAUGAAAUUAUUCAACAUCAUCAGGAGAAGUUUAACCAUGGUAUUUAUCAAUAUACUGUUAAGUCCUUUCUUUGGUGGUUGUUGAAUGGUUUAAACUAUCUUCACAGUAAUUGGAUUGUACAUCAUGACCUUAAGCCAUCUAAUAUCUUGGUUAUGGGUGAUGGUGACGAGCAUGGUGUAGUCAAAAUUAUUGAAUUUGGGCUCGCUAGGAUAUACCAGGCUCCCUUAUAA